AUGCCAGCCAAGGAGACGCUCCGCCCCGUGACCGCCUUUGCCGCCCUCGACGCUCGCCUGCCGCCUCCUCCUCGUCCGGCCGCCGUCAUCGCCGCCAGCACCGCCCCGUCGUCGCGCACCUCGACUCGCACUCUAGCAGGCCCUGAGCCCUCCACGAGCCGCGACACACACCCUCUACACCCCCAAGGCGAGCCCGCACAGGUCGGCGAGCCAGCUCUCCUUCCCCUGCGCAGCUUUGCCCCGGGUCCCUCUGCUCCUUCAGCCUCUCGAGCUGCCGCGCGACGACCUCAAGCCCGAGCACAACCCGCCCCAUCUCGCACGACGAGCACCGCCGCGUCCACCGCUCCUCAGCAACCCGCGACCAAGCGCACCAAGCGCAUCCUCGCCGACGAUGACGAGCUGAUCGCCUGGCAGCUCGAGGCGCACACGUCGGGCAAGGGCAAAGGGCGCGCGGUCAAGGACGAGCCUGUCGGCCCGUCGAGUCGAAGUGCCGCCCGUUCAGCAGACGAGGUCAAGGCGCGACCAAUGCCUAGUGCGCCCACCUCGUUCCGCCCCGUUUCGGCCUUCGACUUCAGCCCCGCCGCCUCGUCCCGAGCGACCAGCACCACGCCCAAACCCUCGAUCGUCGCCGCCACCCGCACCCGAGCGCCGAGUCCGUCCAAGACGUCUUCCUCGAUGCACCGCCUCUCGUCCCUGUCCAAGCCGCCCGUCGCCGCUCGACCCUCGACCCCUCGUCGCGCCGCCGCCGCUCCCGCGUCCAGCUCGGCGCUCACGACGCCCUCGCAGCUCAUGCGCGGUCUGCCACAGCAGCUCUCGAUGCCCGCGAUCAAGCGCGAGGACGUCGGCGGUAGCGCAAAGGCGGCGCAGAUGGGCAUCCUCGCGCGCGCGCCGCCGCUCAGGGACGUGCCGCCGCUCGCGGGCGAGGACGGCGGCGUGGACGAGGGUGGAGAGAGUGAACUGUGGAGCCCGAGGAAGAAGAAGGGAGGGUACAUCGUGUCCGGCAUGGCCGCUCGCGCGUCGGCCAUCCUCGCCGCAACACGCACCAACUACACGCUGUGGCUGCACGACCUGUCGCGCCGCCUCGCCUCGGCGUCGUCCUCGAGCGCGACAUCGGCCGGCGGCGGCCUCGCGCUCGACGAGCUCGCGCAAGCGCUCAAGCCCGCCAUCCGCCUCGUCGUCGUCGACGUGCCCUCCUCAUCACCGGGCGACGAGCUUGGCGCGGGCGCGGGCUCGGGCUCGACGACGCCGGACCGCCGACGCGGCGCAGGGCAGAAGUCGGUCCUCGCGCGCUGCCGCAUCGUGCUGCCGCCGAGCGCGACGAGCUCGUCCUCGUCCGGGUCGGACGACCUCGUCGGGCUCGUCCUCUUCUCGCUGCACGAGCGGUCCGGCUCGUCUUCCUCUUCCGCCGCCGCCUCGUCCGUCCCUCCUCCUCCUCCUGCGCCACCGCCGCCCUCGUCACCGACCAAGCGCACCACCACGUCGAGCACCCGCCCGCGCUCCCUCGUCAUCCCGACCGUCCCGCCCGACCUGCGCUGGGUCCGCCCCGGCGCCCAAGCCUGGGUGUGGGACCCCUUCCGCGAGGUCGUCCUCCCGCCGCGCGAGGGCGCCGACGACUGGCGCGCGAGGGCAAGCGAGCGGGAGCGGCGCAGCGUGGGCGAACGCGAGGGACAGGGCGAGCGCGAGCGUCGCGACGUCAAGCGGGACGAGGAGGGGGACGAGCAGGAGCCGGAGGACGGGCCGCGCGUCGAGUGGGACGAGGCUGGCCUGAGCGGGCGGGCGCAGCGUGCGGGCGCGACGGCAACGCACGAGCAGGAGGGCACGACGCGCGCGCUCGUGUGCGGCAGGUUCGGGAUCGUCGUUUGAGGCGGGACGCGAGGGCGAGGGCGAGGGGGGAGGGAGGACGAGGGUCAGGGCGCAGGUCGCAGGCGCCCGUGGGCAGCGUCGUCGCGACGGACCGCACAUCCCCGAGCUCCGAGUUGGUGGGCUCGGGCGGCGGUGCUCUCGACGAUGACGCAGCGAGGUAGAAAUGUUGUUGUCCUUGUGCCUGCUCUCGCAACGCUCGGUCCUUGUCCUUGA